AUGGUUCAAACAGCGGAUCAACAAGACCCCUUUGCCCGGAAGUGCAUUUGGGUAAACGGGCCUGUCAUCGUUGGUGCCGGCCCGUCGGGGCUCGCCGUCGCUGGUAGCCUCAAAGAACAGGGUGUUCCAUUCAUAAUGCUGGAAAGAGCCAACUGCAUUGCUUCUCUGUGGCAGAACCGCACUUACAAUCGCCUCAAGCUUCACCUCCCUAAACACUUCUGCCAACUUCCCAACCUCCCAUUCCCAGAGCACUUCCCUGAAUACCCCUCCAGGCACCAGUUCAUCAGCUAUCUUGAAUCCUAUGCAAAACGCUUUGAGAUAAACCCAAGGUUCAAUGAGGCAGUUCUGGGAGCCAAGUAUGAUGAAACCUGCGAGUUGUGGCGUGUUAAGACGGUUUCCACGAGCGGUUCAAACCGGGGAGAGCUUGAGUACAUUUGCCGGUGGCUUGUGGUGGCCACCGGCGAGAAUGCGGAGAAGGUGGUGCCUGAGAUUGAAGGCCUUGGGGAAUUUGACGGCGAAGUGAUUCAUGCUUGUGACUAUAAAUCCGGUGAAGCUCACCGGGGGAAGAGAGUACUAGUUGUUGGGUGUGGAAAUUCUGGGAUGGAAGUGUCUCUUGAUCUGUGCAAUCACAAUGCAAUUCCUUCAAUGGUGGUCAGAAGCUCGGUCCACGUGUUGCCGAGGGAAGUUCUCGGGAGAUCGACGUUCGAGUUAGCUGUUUUGAUGAUGAAAUGGCUGCCACUCUGGGUUGUAGAUAAGGCACUGGUGAUCAUGGCAUGGUUGGUUCUUGGGAGUACUUCAAAAUAUGGACUGAGGAGGCCAUCAAAGGGUCCUUUGCAGCUCAAGAACAAAGAAGGAAAGGGUCCUGUUCUGGACAUUGGCGCAUUAGAGAGAAUUAGAUCAGGUGACAUCAAGGUAGUCCCCGGAAUCAGGAGUUUCUUGCGCGGUGGAGUUGUACUUGUAAACGGGGAAAUUCUUGAGAUCGAUUCUGUUGUUCUGGCAACUGGGUACCGCAGCAAUGUCCCUUCAUGGCUAGAGGAGAGAGAAUUUUUCACCAGUGAAGGGUUUCCAAAGACCCCAUUCCCAAAUGGGUGGAAAGGAAAUGCAGGGCUGUAUGCAGUGGGGUUCACAAGGAGAGGGCUAUCUGGUGCAUCUUCGGAUGCCAUCAGAGUUGCAAAUGACAUUGGCUCUAUCUGGAAACAAGACACAAAGCAGAAAACUCAUCCAUUCAAGGCCAGGGCUUGCCAUCGAAGAUGCAUUUCCCAGUUCUAA